CAUUGGCCGCUUGUGCCACAGAGUCGGGUGUAGCUUUGCGCUCAUAUUAAUGACUGCCGUGGAGACGGCGGCGCAUCUAUGUGGUCCGCCUGACACUUGAUCGAGGGAAGAGAUGCGCUCUGAUCGGGCGCUCCGAAGACAUUGAAGGGAAGGGCAAAGGAAACGCAGGAAGCUGUAUCCCAAUUCCUCCCUGCUUAUUUGGAACAUUUUUUUUCAUAGAAAGAAACCCGUUUGAUUGCAUAUUUUUUUUCCUCCUCGGAUGAAAACAGAAGUGAUUUUUUUUUUCCAUCAGCUGCGUAAAAACGACCCUACAUUGUUGCGAUUGAGAUGGGAAUAUAGACCGCGCCGCGUUGAUGCGACGAUGAUUAAAGCGGGUAUGAAUGGACUGGACUGUGGAAUCUCAAAGCUACUGAAGACAAUCAAAGAGGAAAUUAAACUUUAAGUAAAACCUAUACCUAGAGAAACAGAUAUAAACUUUUUUUCUUUUUUUCACCUGUCCUAACUUUUUGUCAGAGUUGCAACUUUGACUUCAAACCUUUAAACUGGAUGCAACAUAGAGUGAUUGGUCAUUACAUUCAAGGACAUCCACACAGCAAGACAUAAAAAAUCCCUAGGGAACCCAUUGGUGGUGGUGUGUGUGUCAGGGGGGUGAGUCAGCCGCCUCUGCAUCAGCAGUAGCAAAUGAUUUGUGGUUGGUGAAGGCUACAACUGAGAAUCUUUUAUCUGCAAAGACUAUUUUCUGGUUGGCCGAAACGGUUCAUUAUGAAGGACUUCUCGUUUCUGGAUUGCCUCUUUAUUGGGUUGGCUAUGGCCUCUCUCGUAGCCACCGAGGUCAGGCCUGAUUGCCCGAAGCUUUGUGCAUGUGAAAUCAGACCCUGGUUUUCUCCUACAUCAGUGUACAUGGAGGCACAUACUGUGGACUGUAAUGAUGUAGGACUGUUCAGCCUGCCUGAAAGAUUACCACUGGGCACACAAGUUCUAUUACUGCAAACAAACAAUGUGGCAAAGAUUGACAAACCUUUGAAUUACUUGGCCAAUAUCACAGAUAUUGACUUAUCACAAAACAAUUUAUCUUCUAUUACUGAUAUCCAUUUGGGUAAUCUCUCUCAAUUGGUUUCUCUUCAUCUUGAGGAGAACUGGAUAAAGGAACUACCUGGGCUAUGCCUUUCUGAUUUGAUUAACCUGCAGGAGCUCUACAUGAAUCACAAUCUCAUCUCUUCUAUUUCUGCAACAGCUUUCCAAGGCCUAAGUAACCUUCUGCGACUUCAUCUCAACUCUAACAAGCUGAUGGUUAUUAAGAGGGAAUGGUUUGAACCAAUGUCGAAUCUGGAGAUCCUUAUGAUUGGCGAGAACCCAGUUCUUUCCAUCUACAAUAUGAACUUUAAACCUCUAGCAAAUCUCCGCAGUCUUGUUCUUACCAGAAUGAACCUUUCUCAGCUUCCUGACAAUGCACUUACAGGCCUUGAAAACUUGGAGAGCAUUUCUUUUUAUGAUAACAUUUUCCCAGAGGUCCCUCAUUCAGCCUUAAAAACUGUUAAAAAUCUUAAGUUUUUGGACUUAAAUAAAAAUCCAAUUACCCGGAUACAGAGAGGAGACUUUGUUGACAUGCUUCAUCUGAAAGAACUGGGUAUUAACAGCAUGCCAGAGCUAAUCUCCAUCGACAGCUUUGCUCUUAAUAACCUCCCUGAACUAACCAAAAUAGAAGCCACCAACAAUCCUAAACUUUCCUACAUCCACCCCAAUGCUUUUUACAAACUACCACGCCUGGAGACCCUCAUGCUAAAUGGCAAUGCACUCAGUGCUCUCCAUAGAAUAACAGUUGAGUCUCUCCCUAAUCUCAGAGAAGUCAGCAUGCACAGCAACCCCAUACGCUGUGACUGUGUGGUCCGUUGGAUGAAUAUGAACAAAACCAACAUUCGCUUCAUGGAGCCUGAUUCACUGUACUGUGUAGAGCCUCCAGAGUAUGAGGGCCAACAUGUUCGACAAGUCCACUUCAGGGAGAUGAUGGAAAUUUGCCUGCCCCUUAUAUCCCCUGAAAGUAUGCCAGGACACAUCAAGGCACACAAAGGGAGCUCUGUGUCACUCCACUGCCGGGCGUUUGCUGAACCGGAGCCCGAGAUCUACUGGAUUACCCCUUCUGGUACCAGGAUCCUGCCAAAUUCCAUGUCUAACAAGUUCUACAUGCACCCAGAGGGAACCUUCGACAUCUACGAUAUAUCUGAAAAAGAGGCUGGUGUUUACACCUGUGUCGCACAUAACCUGGUGGGAGCUGACCUCAAAUCUGUUUCAGUAGAGGUGAAUGGAUAUUUUCCUCAACUUGCAAGUGGGUCUCUAAAUGUGGUAAUCAAAUCAGUGGGGACAAACUUCAUCAUGAUUUCUUGGAAUGGUCACCCUGGCAUUUUGUCCCCAAGCAUUAAGUGGUACACUCUAUCUGAUUCAAAUCAUCCAACCACAGCCUUUACCACCAGAGUUCCCUUAGAUGUCCAACUUUAUAACCUCUCUCAUCUACACCCUGCCACUGAGUACAAAGUUUGUGUGGAUAUCCGCAGCAUCCACUACAACCAUGACACCAAAUGCGUCAAUGUCACCACUAAGGGAUUAGAGCUGGCAGCCAAGGACACAGGGAAAUUGGAUGCAGCACUAAUCACUGUCUUUGGAGUGCUCUUGGCAGUGGUUUCAUUGGCAUGCCUGUUUUUUUACGCAUCUCUGAGGAACCGCUACGUUUAUGGGAAUAUAAGGAGAUAUGACUCCAAGGCUUUCCUUACACCAGUGGAAGUGGCUAGUCUGCAGUCGUCUUUCUUUACAAAGCUUUGGGAUACGGGUAAGAGUGUGCCAAGUGGAGUGGAAGUUAAAGCCACAGUCAUAAAUGUAUCUGACAAUACCUUUUAGAAUAUCCAGCAGUGGACAGUGUCUCUUACUAACUUCAGAUAAUGGACAAGGCCAUAAGCAGGGGUGAACUAACUAAUGUUUUCAAAAGCAGACCUGUGGCUAAAUCCCAGCUCAGAUACACUGGCAAAAUUUAUAAUCAUACAUGGGAUGAAACUCUUAAUAACUAGACUACAUGGCAUCCCGUACAAAGCAAUAGCUUUGUGAACCUUGCUUGAAAACAAGCUGUUGUUAAUGGAAAAGGUCUCUACUGCAAAAACACCAACCCGAAUACAAUUUAUCCGGAAAUACAGGCAGAAAAAUGGAAGCAAAGACGACGACGGUGAUCAACUCUAUUGUAAUUGACUGUUAAAUGUGUUCAGAGUCGUGGAACUGUCCGUGUGGUCCCAAGCAAUACCGUCUGUGCUUUGUCAAACAUCCAUAGACGAGUUAGAGAAACAGUAAUAACACCUGUCUAUUAUGGGAAGGGAGGGAGAUUUAGUAGAGUAGACGAAUACCAGUGACUAUGGUGUAAGCCUUUUGAUGAACUAUAACCCAUUUUUCUAUUUAAAAAGAUGGAUUCUUGAGUUUUUCUUUCUUGGAAAUAUUGUUAUAUAUUCUAUUAUGUUGAUGUAAUGACAAAUUCUCUGUAUGUGAAAAGUUUAAAUGGGUUUUAAAUUAAGGAGAGGACUAAACUACUUUUGAUUACAGCUUCACAUUAAGCUUAAUGAAAUUCUGCUAUGAAAUGAGUGUCUAGAGAGAUUUGCCCAAUGACUGUUUAUGCUUCGUAGUUCUCAUUACGACAAUGACUGGAAGACGAUGCAGAUCAAGUCAACUAAAACUACACAAAGAGGUUGAUUAAAACCUAGUCAGAGAUGUGUUGUCUCUUCAAGGAGUGGUUUGCUAUAUCCUGGUAAGUGCCUACAAGAACUACAUAAAGAAAGGAGGAAGAGGAACUAAGGAAAUCCGUCAACCAUAGCAAACAUGCUCAUGUCAUCAUUGCAGAAUCAGAAACUAUACUCCCAGUACAUUAAGUGAAAUACUUUCUCAGUAUUUUUAGCAUACAUAUUUUAAGGAAGCAUUUUGUUAUUGCUUUGGGUGUAAAGUCAAAAAGCCAUUUUUAUAUUAACUGUAUUAUAUGUGAUCAAUGGGCACAACAAACUAAUCGAGAAAAGCGCUAAGAAAAAAUAAUAAAUGUCAUUGUUUCUUUUACAAA